CCGCCUUUCACAAACUUGCGUCGCCGUUGCGUAUAAAACAUAAACAACACCAAAUCUAUUAGUCAAAAAGUCUCAUCGCUAUUUGCUCGUCCUCUUUCUUUCUCAUUAAUUCUAUUCGUUCUUUCUUUUUUCAUUUUUUCUUUUUUAACAAUUGGUGGGUGGUGCUGGUUAAUUUUUUUUUUAAUCACAAAACAAAAACAAAUUCGGGAAUAUGGCAUUGGAAGCUCCUCUAGCAGUAGGUGCUACUGUGGCAGCUGCAGCCUUAGGGGGAAGAUACAUGAUUGUAGCAUGGCAAGCAUUCAAAACUUACCUUUCAGCUCCCCGUGUUCGAAGAUUUUAUCAUGGUGGGUUUGAGCAGGUCAUGACUAAACGAGAAGCAGCAUUAAUUCUUGGAGUCAGGGAAAGCGCUAUGAUGGAAAAGAUUAAGGAGGCUCAUAGAAGAGUGAUGGUGGCAAAUCACCCGGAUGCCGGUGGAAGCCAUUAUCUUGCAUCCAAAAUAAAUGAAGCCAAGGAUAUCUUGACGGGUAAGACUAGGGGAGGAAGCUCAGCAUUUUAGAUGAUACAACAGGCUAGGCCACGCCACGCCACGGUACUAAUGUAUAUUUGGAGGUUUCAAUCAUAUAUGAUACGGGAAAAGAAAAAAGAAAAAAAAAAAAUUGUAUUUGAGUUUUCUGUAAUAGCUUUUCUCUAUAAUUUGUCAUUCACUUGAUUUUGCUGGAAACGUAUCUAUCAAUAAUAAAGUUUGGUUAUAGGUAGCCAUAUUUUUAUUU